CAGAUCACAUGAUCGCCUCUCCUCCAGACUGCAUGCAGUUUGGUAUUAAAAUGUUUUCAGUACCACCAACCGUUGUGUUGUUACACAUUUGAGAUGAUAGAUACAUGUUGAGCUAUUUUAACGGAUUAUAUCAUCACAUUGAUAACCGGGACUGACGGCACUCACGGCGAACAACGUUGCAGCUGUUAUUUUUGAGGUUGUAUCCAAAAAGUGCAGAGCUACUGUGGGCAGAACAAGCUAGCUAACGUUAGUCAGGUCGGACGGCGGCGAGGCCCCAACCGGACGGGAACACGGGGGAACCAUGGCCAACAUCGCAGUUCAGAGGAUAAAACGGGAAUUCAAGGAGGUGCUCAAAAGUGAAGAGACGAGCAAAAACCAGAUAAAGGUGGACCUGGUGGAUGAGAACUUCACAGAACUUAAAGGGGAGAUAGCAGGGCCACCUGACACACCAUAUGAAGGGGGUAGAUAUCAACUAGAAAUUAAAAUUCCAGAGACGUAUCCAUUCAAUCCACCCAAGGUGCGGUUUAUCACGAAGAUCUGGCAUCCCAACAUCAGCUCAGUCACAGGUGCAAUAUGUCUGGACAUUCUCAAAGACCAAUGGGCAGCGGCUAUGACACUGAGGACGGUCCUCCUGUCACUACAAGCCUUAUUGGCAGCCGCAGAACCAGAUGAUCCACAAGACGCAGUGGUAGCCAAUCAGUACAAGCAGAACCCAGAGAUGUUCAAACAGACAGCGAGGCUCUGGUCUCAUGUCUAUGCAGGCGCUCCUGUCUCCAGUCCGGAGUACACACGCAAAAUAGACAAACUCUGUGCCAUGGGCUUUGAAAAAAAUGCAGUAAUAGUGGCGUUGUCGUCGAAAUCCUGGGACGUGGAGACAGCGACAGAGCUACUGCUCAGUAACUGAAUCUUGACACCCUCUUCAUCUUCCUCUUGAUCCCGAUCUCCCCUCCCUCACACAUACACACCCUCUCUCCUCCGAAUUCCCGCUGUCUCAAGGCGUCUUUUCCCCUGUUGCACCCUCUGUUUCUCAGUGGACUUCUCAUCUCCACCCCCACCCCCCCUCCGUGUGGCAUCUCUCCUCCCUGCUCAUCACCUCUGCUGUACCACAGUCCAAUCAGUUGCUCUGUGAGCUCUUAUCUCUGGUUUCAUUUCAAGUUCAUUCAACAUUCCACUCAGUGCUACAAUCAGAAGUUCAACCACAUCUCACCCCCUUUGAAGCAAAUGCCAGACUUAAGACCCCGCCCAUGCCCGCUAGUCUCCUAGCUUUCCUGGCUGUUUCCAGGAAGCGGCUGUCAGCGGCUUAUUCUUGCCUAUGCAGUGCAUUUACUUUCAUUUGUGAAAACCUUUGUAGGAGAGAGUCAAGCCAUUCUAGAAGGCUCUUUUGGACCUGGUCAUGAUUUUUACACACUUUUGGGCCGGUUUUCUAAACAGGAGUUGAGCCGAGUCCUAGAAUAACCACAUUUUUAAAUUGGUAUCUCUUAAGAAAUUGUCUUGCACUGUGUUCAACAUCACUGUAUUCACUCAUUCACUCAUCCUUACACAAUAAACACUCAGUAUUUUGGGGGUACUCUAAAACGAGUAGAAAAUGGAAAUUAUGAAUCAUUAUCUUGUUCUGUCACUGAGAGUUUUUGAGGGCACUAUAAAAUGCAUAAAUGGUUCACUUAAAAUUUGGACAUAUUAAAAUAAAAUUUUGGGAAAGUAAAUAUAGUGUGCCAGGUAGCAAAUAUGGAGUUAUUCAGACACAGAAUAGGACGAGGCUUUUCCCCGUUUCUGGAAACCAGCUCAUAAGUUCUUCACACAGUAGCCAUACUCAUUUUCACACCACAUUUCCCCUCUUCAACUGUCUGACGGACCCAAAGCUCCUGCAGCAAACCCCAGUACCCAUCCCCACACCUGUUCUUGACAUGGCUUACUUCGCCUGUCCCUUUUUCCUCACAUUUUUUAAACAUUUUAUUUGAUUUUGGCCUCCUGCAGGAAUACAUUUGGAUUCUUGUUUUUAAACUGAGAGAAAAAAAACAAACAUGUUCAGCCGUAACACAACCUGUCACAAGUCUGGAUGGAAAUAGUUCAAAAUGAGUUUGAAAAGUAUUGCAUCAUCAACAGAUAAAUAUGUCAAAAUGAUUCAUCUGUAAAUAAAGAUAUUAAAGUCUGUGUAAAUUAA